AUGACUUCCAUUCCGGACUCAACUCUCCGCGCCCUCGUGGACAAUCUCAAGUCCUCGGAUAUCUUCACGCCCUCGUCUGAAGGCUACCUAGACAGCAUUCGACGAUGGUCGGAAACCGGAGUCAAACAAGCCGGUGUUGUGGUGAUGCCCACUGAGACUGACGAUGUUCGCACCGCGCUUCUCUGGGCUCAGGAACAUGGUAUCGACCUCGCCGUCAAGGGUGGUGGUCAUUCCGUCGCGGGGACGAGUUCUAGCGAUGGCGGAUUGGUCAUCGAUCUGUCGCGCAUGAACAAAGUCACCGCGGACACAGAGAAGAAGACACUGACCGUCCAGGGUGGCGCCGUGUGGAAAGACGUCGAUGAAGCGGGCGCAGAGCACGGGCUCGCGGCCGUCGGCGGCACAGUCAACCACACCGGGGUCGGUGGAUUGACACUCGGCGGAGGAUACGGCUGGCUGAGCGGCCAGUACGGACUCACCAUUGACAACCUGCUGGCUGCGACGGUGGUGCUCGCAGAUGGGCAAGUGGUCACGGCGUCUGCGACCGAGAACGCCGACCUCUUCUGGGGCCUGCGCGGUGCAGGAUACAAUUUCGGGGUGGUGGUCGACUUCACCUUCCAGGCCUAUGAGCAGAAGACACCCGUGUACGCAGGAAUCAUCGCGUUCACACCCGACAAGCUCGAGUCGGUCGUCGAGCAGCUGAACGUGCUCUUCGAAAACCCCGAUCCUCGAUCUGGUGCGAUCAUCAUCCUCGCUCAGCCGCCGGGUGCCCCUACCAUCAUGGUCAACGUGCUGGUCUUCUACAACGGCACCAACGAGGAAGGCUCGCAGCGUUACGCCGGCUUACUUGCCCUCGAGCCCGUGGUGAACAUGAUCGAGGCCAUCCCUUACUCCUUGCUCAACGCCCUCCAGAACCCGAUGGCCACUUACGGCGAUCGCAAGUCCUUCAAGGGUCUAUUCUAUCGCACACCCAUGGAUGCCCAGUUCCUGCGUUCCAUGCUGGACGAAUUAAACGCGAAGGUGCAGGAGCACCCCGACAUCAUCCCAGCCAUGCUGCUGGAGUGCUACGAUAUGAGGAAGAUUUGCAACGUGCCGCUGGAUGCGACCGCGUUCGCGAAUCGGAGUCUUACGCAGAACGGACUGCUCAACCUGCGGUGGACGGAUGCGUCCAAGGACGGCGAAUAUCGGGCCUGGGCGCGCGAAAUACAAGCUAAGUUCAAGGCGCAGUUUGAGACACAGCUCAACGGAGAGGAGACUGCCGCUGUACCACAGUAUAUCAACUACGCGGAGCCCGGAGACGUGAUCGUGAACAACAUCUACGGAAAUAAUCUGGAGCGCCUGAGGGACGUCAAGGCGAAGUACGACCCGAAGAAUGUCUUCCACAAGAUGCAUCCCGUUUCCCGCGCUUAG